GUAGACAAUCACCGUCAACAGUAGCGGGAGUACCCACGGGGUGAUGUCGACGACACGUGACGUCGCCGCUUGAAUCUCGUCAUCGGCCGGCCCCGGCGUCGCGGGGAAUCGAACGCGAGCGCGCGCGACGCGCCAACGACAUCACAAACCGCCUCCGAUCGGCACACGAGAGAGGUUCCUCUCCUCCGCCACCGUCUCUCUUCGCCCGUGCGAGUGCACGAGCGCGCGAACGUGCGAGCGCGCUCUCCAGGCACCCGACAGCUUCGCGCGCGAGCCACGCUUUAUUAGUCUAGCGCGGGCCAUCGCUGAACCCCUUUAGUCGCUUCUCUACGCUUCGCCUUGUCUCGCCUUCGUCGUCUCGCGCCCGGUCUCUCGUCUCUUCGUCCCCGGUCUCCUCGCCUCGUCGUCGCGCACCGUCGCCAUUGGCCAUCGGCCAUCGGAUCAACUAGAGGACCGUGAAUGCGAGUGAGCCUAAGCGUGAUAAUAGGAGCCAGCGUGUGAGGAUAGUGCGACGAGGUUCUUCUUCGCGAAAGAGAGGAAGGAACCGAAGGUGGGGCCAACGUGUCAAAGAGAGCGGAAGGUCGAUGCGCCGGAGGAAUACGGAGGAAGAGCAAGAGAGCGGUAUCCUUCGGUGAUACAGUGCGACCAGCACUCGUACCGGUACGUCGCGCGCCGCGGUUAUCGGCCACGCUUCACAACCAACGUCCGAGAACAUCCUUUUCCGGCACGCUCCGAAUGAUUCUGGUUCAGCGCAAUACGCAUUCGAAGAGGAGCCAAGUACCGAGUACCGAUCUAUUGGAUAACUGCACGAAAACUAUUCAAUGUUCUGCCACGCGACCAUAUUCAGUUCGACGAGCUACUAGAGAAAACCCUACUAGAGGUGUUCAUUGAGGAGGAACAAUCGACUCGCGACAAACUUUCACACGGAAAUAACGACGACGUCGUUCUUUUAUUCGUCUUAUCCUCUCGAAGAAUCGCCGAAUGUCUCUCAGCUCAAGUGUAUUAUUCGCUCGUUCUCGCGAAAUUCUGACUGUGGCGCGCGAAUUGAACACUCCGUGUGGUAACCGGCGAAUGAUCGGGUAGCCCGUGGAGAGGGUGUUUUAGCGGCUCCGUGUCAUGUACGUGCGUUCACCCGCGUCCUCUACGGCAUCGUCGUCGUCGAAGGCACGCGAGUCUGAGGCGACGGUGAGCGUGAGAUUGGGCGCGGGGAUCACGUGGAUCGGCACCGCGACGACGACCGGCGACGGGACAGGUUGAAAAGAUGCUGGCGCUCGCGAUGCGCCGCGAACACACGACCGGGCGCAGCAAUUACGAGCCCGCGAAUCCGCUCGCGGGGUUCGAGCACCUCCAGCACAACAAUGGCAAUCCGUUCGCGGUGGUGCCCGCCGCCGUUGAGGGUCGGGCGCGCGAUGCCAGGCCAGAAGCCGCCGAGGGCGAGCUGCAGGAGUUCGUGGACAUUGCGCAAGUGCAACAGCUACUGCAGCAGCAGCAGCAGCAACAGCAGCAUCAGCAACAUCACCAUCAUCAUCAUCACCAGCAGCAGCAGCAGCAGCAGCAACAGCAGCAGGCAGCCGCAUCCUGCAUCUGGGGAGCGGUAUAUCCACCGCCGCCGCCCGCGCUAGGAUAUCAUCACCAUCAUCAUCAUCACCAUCACGUGCCACCGCCGUCAGGCGAGGACACGCAGUGCGGCACCGAGGAUUCUACCGUCGCCCAGGGAGGCGAUCAGCUCCAGAGGAUGACUAUGGACGGCGUAGAGGUGGUGGGCUCGCAGCCGCAUGCGGCCACUAGCCCAUUUCUGCUCUCCUCACCACCAUUGGGUCACCAUCAUCAUCAUCACGCGACGUUCAAUCUGCCGGUGCAGCUGAGCUUCGACGCGUGUUUACCGUACAACGCGGCCUCCUCCUCGUCCGGCUCGGUCACCUGCGGUGUCAGCGGGACAACCGUGAACGCGACCUGCACGAACUCCACCGGCUGUGACAAGAGUACGCCGUCUCUCUCCCUAUCCUCGAGCGUGCCGCUACAUAUGCAGCUUCAGAUCAGCUCGACCGUCCCAUCGGAGCAUAACCACGGCCGCCAUCAUCAACAGCAUCAUCGACUGGACGAUCAUCAUCAGCAUCAGCUGCACCCUAAUGUGUCAUCCCCGUCGACCGACGUCGCGGACGGCAAGAGACACCGGCAGCCCGAUGACGACGAUAAAAGUUGCAUCAGGAACUGCCGGAGCGAUAUUCACGAUACGAACGAUAAGGAUAAGCCCGGCGACCUGAACACGCCGGUCACCACCAGCAGCGACCUACCGUCUUUCUUCGGGCCCUCCGCGCUUGUCGAACCGCCACCGAUCUCAGGCAGCCUGGCGAGCGAGGACCUCUCCUUAGAAGAGGCGACCGCGGAGGAAGACGAGAACGGCACGUCCGCCGGAAGGGAUCAUCGGCAUCAUCAUCAGGACGCGCGAAAUGCCGUCACGUCGAACGCGCCUUCCUCAAGCAGUCCGCCGUCACGUCAUCACCAGGACGAAGCGGAUCGCUGCAACGCGCUGCAGAGUGGUGUAAUUUUGUACUCACCGCAUUCCACAUCCACUGCGCCGGCAACGAGCGUGAAUAUCUGCAACGUUCCAACAUUGACUUAUCGCGGCGUCUUCACCACGACCUGCACGCAGUCCUCGCCGCUGGGCAAUCUCCAGGGUGAGCAGCAGCAGCAGCAACCGCAGCAGCCGGCGGCUCAAGAACUGUGGGCGCCGUUACCGUCGCCAACCUUAACCUUGGCAGGCCAGCCGUUCCUUCACCCCAACUUACACUCGAGCGCGUAUAGCGGCGAGACCGUUGAGUUGCUGCAGGUCGAUUCGAAACCACCCCCGCCGCCCGGUUAUCACGACACGGCGACUACCACCCCCACGACCUGGCUGACGGGUCACGAGGACGCUUACGAUCCCGGUCUCCUCUCCCACCACCACUCUCAUGCCCAUCACCAGGAGACAACGUUGAAGCAGGAGCCGACCGGUACCGGUUACACUCCCAGCGUACAACAGCCGCAACAAGCUCAGGCGCAGGCUCAGCAACAGCAGCAACAACAAGCUCCGCCGCCUGCCACUUGCGGUGCCGCGGGAGUCCAGCUAGCCGAGUACAAUCCGAGCACAUCCAAGGGCCACGAGAUCCUCUCUCAGGUCUAUCAGCAGAGCGCGCUACCGCUCCGCUUGGUCCCGGUGAAGCCACGAAAAUAUCCGAAUCGACCGAGCAAGACGCCUGUCCAUGAGCGGCCCUACGCUUGUCCGGUGGACGGCUGCGACCGCAGGUUCUCCCGCAGCGACGAGCUUACACGGCACAUACGCAUCCACACCGGGCAGAAGCCGUUCCAGUGUCGCAUCUGCAUGCGCUCGUUCUCGAGGAGCGAUCACUUGACCACCCACGUGCGCACGCACACCGGCGAGAAACCGUUUUGUUGUGAUCAGUGCGGCCGAAAGUUCGCCAGGAGCGACGAGAAGAAGCGCCACGCGAAGGUACACCUCAAGCAGAGACUGAAGCGCGAGGCCUCGCACUCUAAUCCGAGAACCCAUCACCAGAGCCACGCGUCGUCACCCUGCAAUCAAUGAAUUCCAUGUUAAACAACGAUGUUGAAAAAUCUUUAACUUUGAGAUCUCAUUACGUUUGUCAUCUUUCGACAAAUUGUGAUCUAUGUCUCCCCGAUUCUAUUUCUCCCUAUUCUCUCUCUUUAUUUCUCUACUCUUUUUCGAUUAUCGCUUGUUCCCUCCUUUCCUGCAUCUCUCAUGAUGACCGAUGAAGAAAUUGCGGAAAUCUUUAGGCGGUCAAAAUUGAUCCGUCGCUGACUGAUCCGUCAUUUAUUGUUGGUCCAUUAACUCUUUAAAUUAUCUUAGAACAUAGCUGGAUACAAAUUAAUUGAUUUUUUUUUUAAUUUUCGCUAUUGUAUUUAUAAAUCAGAAGAAUAAAUAAUAAACAAUUUGCUCAUUCCGAAAAUUAUCAUAUGAGUCAAAGAAGAAAAAAUUAAAUGUUGUACAUAUACAGUUCUUAUUAUCCGCGAGAGAACGAUUAACUUCAUGUAUUUUAAGAUAAAACUUAUAAGAAUUUGGUUUAUUCAUUGUACGAAAAUAUUCCUUCUUGCGUCAUAGCGAAAAAUCGAAGUACUUAAAAUAUACUACACAUAUUCUGUGUGCGAUCAUUGAAAACGAGUUUGUAGUUGAAUAGAAGCAAUCACAAUGACAUGGAAGUUAAUCGUCCGACUAUAAAAAAAUACCUUUCUUAAAAUAGAAAAAUGACAGACGUUAUUAUUCCGCUUUACAUGUACUUCAUGUCUUAGCUUGUAUCCAGAUACGUAUGAGAAAUGUGAAUUCUCUCUCUCUCUCUCUCUCUCUCUCUCUCUCUCUCUCUCUCUCUCUCUCUCUCUCUCUGUCUCUUUCUCUUUCUCAUCCCUACACGAGAUAUUUUGAGCGUCAGAUAUCUAGAUGCCAUUGAGCGUGGUGAGAGCAUUUUCGUGCUAUUGUAUAACACGAAAUCGAUACCAUCCACAGCUUCCGGGAAUCAUAGAGAAAAGCGGAAGAUAGAUGGAUAGGAAGAAAGAGAAAUAGAAAAUGAAAGAGAGAGAGAGAGAGAGAGACAGAGAUGAGAGAAGGAAUGAAGGGGGUGGAUUGAGCAAAAGCAAUGUGUCUCAUUACAUGCAAACGACUAUGUGCGAGAAUGUAAUGUGUAAAACGAUAAAAAAGUAUUAUAUAUCGACCAUGGUCAAUAUGAGAAAAGCGGGACUCAAUAUUUAAGAGCAUAUAUCUUGGCCCUUACCCCGCCCCCUUCACUCUAUUCCACUUCACCCCGUUAAGAGUGCAAUUUAAAAGACUCAUGCGGUUCGAGUGCAAUUCCCAAGAAAUUCAUAUUUUCAUGGAACUAUUUAUAGGUCAAUCUCACAGGGAAGGCGGGAUUGUUGACAAGGUUCGCGGCAAUGGAAAUAAAAGUAUUUUUUGAUUAAAUAUAUAAUUAUAUGUAUAUAUAAAACUAUGAUUCAUACUCUGAAUCUCUCUCAUGCAAAAAGAAAGAAAACGGUCAAGACAAGAGUAUUUAUUUUUGAAAAAGAUUUUAUGGAAUUGCGUUAGAAGAUGUAUAGGUGCUUAGAGAAGAGAAAAAAAGUUCCUUCCCUGAUAUUGCGAUAAAUAUUGUUAAAAAUUUAAUUUCGACGAUUGUCAAAAUUUAUCCGAAGCUACGUUAAAAUUUUUCCGUCGAUGAAACUGUGCAAUAUAUUUUCGUAAAUUUUUCCGUGAACAAUAAUUUUCACGGGAUAUCGAAUUUUGAUUUUGCAGCGAUCGCUUUUUCCCCCUUUCUUUUUUUAAAUACUGUUCUUGUUGCCAUUUAUAUCUAUGUUCUCGCGCGGUAUUUUUUUCGUGCUCCGAACACGCUAAAUCUCGGCUGUCUCCGUCAAAUACUUCCAUUUUAAUUCAUUCUUUCGCCCCUUCCUACCCCAGCCGCCUUUUCCCUUCUUUCCUACAAUACUGUAAAAAAAUUCCACGAAUAAUUGUAAUUAAACGUGAUUAUCGUUGUUGAAAGAAAUAUUUCAUGUACAUAUGUAUAUAACUUAUUAUACAUAAUUACUGUAUGUAUGUAAAAUCUAACGUUCUCUUCCCCUCUUCGCUCACUCCCUGUCCCUUACUUUUUUUCUCUCAUUUUGCAUUAUUACAUGUAUAAAUAUACAUGUAUACAUAUAUUUAGCAAUUGUUAAUGUUAUGUAUAUGUUGCUCUAUUUAUUAACAAGAUGACUAUAUCAAAUGAAUAUAUUGUUAAAGUUAAAUAAUUAUUUUUAUUAUUGUAACGACUAUUCUGGCGUGCAAUGCGUUGCAACAAUGACAGAGAUGACAUGGUACCCAAGCUUGUGCGAGAUAAUAAAUGUAAAAUCGCAUAUGUAAUACAUUCACGCACACACACAUACACAUACGCAUAUACGCUACACACAUAAACACACAUCAUAUGCGAACGCGAUGAUACGCGCUACAUAAAUUGUAAACGCAAUGUAGUGCAAACGCGAGAGAAUACUUUUUUUACAGAUAGUAUUAUCCUAUCGCUAGAAAAAUUAAAUGUAAUUAUUAUACAUAUUGCGCUCCAAGUGCAAUGCACAUAACAAGAGCUCCCAGCUACCUGUAUAUUCGUGUUGUCAUCAUCGCCCCUGCAUAUGCUUCUCUUUGCAAGGCGGGUAACGCGAACAAUCUUGCAACAAUUAUUAACAGAAAUACAAUUAACAUUGACUCGAGGCCAAGUUGUUUUGAUUAUUUUCGUAACCCUUUCACAAGAGAUGUAUGCACAAACUGUUUACGAAGAAGGGAUUAAAUGAUUGGAGGAAGCAUUCCUUGAGCAAUUCGGAGUCGAUUCUUUUUUUUAUCAACUAAAUUUUUAAUUAAAAUUCUUGACACAAAGUUUGCCUGAAAUUAUGAACAAAAUUUCAUUUAUAUUUCAACCUCUGAAUUCUCUCAAAAAUUCUGUAAAAACAUGUUUAGUGUCUUAAUUCAAAGAAUUAUCAAUGUUUUGAUUAAAAGAGAGAAUGUAGUCGGCUUUGUGCAUUGAUCAAGGAACAUACCGUCGAGUUUGCUUAAACACUUGAAUCUUUCCUCGACUGUGUAACAAACACAAAAUGUAUACAACAAGCUCACGGGGCAUUAGUCCACGCACGAUCGUAAGCAUUCCGAUAGUACAUUAAGACAAAUUAACUUCAGUGAUUUGCAACUCCUAAGAUUUGCAAUGUCCAAUCGAUUAAUUUGGAGUGAAAUUUGGAUCCAAUUAUAAGAUGUCAAAUAAAAAUAUUAUUUGUAAAA